UUCUCCCAUAAAGAAUUUGACACUCAGUUGAACAGUAACACCCUUAUUGGAUGCUUUCAGUUCUAUGGAUCAAUGCACUUUUGAAUCUGGACUUUGCCCCUGUCUUUUAUGACGAAGUCUUGGUAGUAUUUGUUCAGAGUUCCGCAAUAUCAACCCCAGGCCUGGAAUAUGAACGGUAUCUGGAGAAGAGAGAAAUAGAUUUAUCCAUAAAUAACACAGAAAAUACAUUGCCGGACACAACAGGUGUGUGAUCCAGGGGUUCCAGGAUGUACCGUCCCUAUGGCUUGGACACUAGCAGUUACGCAGGAUCUGUCCAGUCCGUCCAGUCCAAUGGUGAUUCAGUGGAUGAUCGGUUAUCACAGAUAUCAAAUUUGUCCAGACCAAGUGCCAAGUCAAUAUACAUGCAGAGAAAGGAGUAUGCGGACUCUAUCACCAAGAUGAUGAACAAAUUCCAGUACAGAGUAGAGCAUCUGUUCACCUGUGACCUGGAUGGUAGGGAGGUGCGUGAUGUGAAUGACUGUGUUGAGAGGCUAAAGCUGCUGGAUGGGAUGGGCCGGGUCUGGGGGCAGGACAUGGUCCUGGAGGUGCGGGAUGGGAACCUGCUGCUAACAGACAUCGAGACUAAGGAGGACCUGGAGUCCCUGGCUCUGAGCAGCAUCAUGGAGCUAAAGGCUGUGAUGGACAGCUGUGUGUACAACUCCCUGCUGACUGCGACCGUCAAGGACCGCAGCAAGAGGACCACCAGUGUCUUCAUUUUCCAGUGUGAAGACCUCAGGGCCGAUUUCAUAAAACGGGACCUAGAGAGAGUGCUCCCUCACCAGAGAGAUGACGUUAACAAUCACAGCAACAACAGCAGGAGCAAUCUGGAAGUUAUGGCUGGCCAUCAAAUUGUUAGGAAUCUUCAGAAUGCUGACCCACCAACUGAGCAGAGAGAAUGGACUCCUCCCGAAGAUCCCUCAGCUCAAUGGAGCGCUCCAGACUAUGAUGAAGAUCCUACACCUGUACCUACGCCUACACCGCCCAUGCCCAGAGAAGAGCCCCUCCCUCACAGGAAGGAAACCCCAGGAAACCUUUUUAUGGAGGAGGAGCCUGAGCCUGAGCCAGGCCUUGUCUCUCCUCCACGCCCAUACACAGAGACUAAUAGGAAUGUGGACAUCGUGAAUCAUAUUUUCAAUGACAUUGAGAUCUUUAUGGGCCAAGUCGCUGCUGCAGCAGCCAAAGCCGAGAAGAAGAAAAAGAGAAAGAAGAAGAAUAAGGAUAAAGGCAUUAAAGGCAUGCCACCAGCAGAGGAAUUUAAAACCUGUCUCCAGAAAAUCAAAUGCGGGUUCAACCUUCUGGGGGAGCUCAAUGGAAAGAUUAGUCAUCCCAGUGCUCCGGAAUUUGUCCACUGCCUCUUCUCCACCCUGGCAUUUGUGUUGUCCCACAGCCCUGAGGAGCUGCCCCCCACCAUCGUGGCGCCCCUGCUGAAGCCUGAGUGUAUCCGUCUGCUGAGUGAGGAGGCCACUCCUGAGGAGGACCAGCUGUGGCAGUCGCUGGGAGACGCCUGGAACGUCCCCAGUACAAAAUGGCUUGAGGAUGAUGAGGACAUCCCUACCUACACUCUGGAGUUCUAUGAUGGUUGGCAGCCCCUGGAGUUGACCCACUCUCUCCCAGGGAGAGAGCCUGAGAGAAGGCAGCAGAGUCAGAAACAGAGUCAGAGUCAGAGUCCGCGCUCCACCCCUGAAAAGAGGUCGGCCCCAUUCAAGCCUCCACCAUCACGUCCAGAUGAGCCAAACCCCAGUUACAUGCGUGUGAUGUAUGACUUCACGGCAAGGAACAACAGAGAGCUGAGCAUCUCCAAGGGAGAGGUGGUUCAGCUACUGGACAUGUCAAAGAAAUGGUGGCGAGUAAGGAGCGACAGAGGAGAGGAGGGCUUCAUACCCAACAAUGUACUGGAGUCACAGGACAAGGAGCAGGAAAAGCAGGAAACCAGUGGUCCUCCCUCCCUAACCAAGAGGUCCAAGCCUGACCAAGUGAAGGCCUGGCUGGAGUAUAAGGACUUCAGUAAAAUCACGGUGCGCUGUCUGGGUGUGCUGAGUGGCUCUAUGCUCCUGGGGAUGACGAGAGAAGAGCUGAAGAUAGUGUGUCCUGGAGGGGGGCGGGUCUUCUUCCAGCUCCAGAACAUCAAGUCUGCUAUGGCUCUUGCCAGUGAGGUAAGGUCCAUAGAGCCUUAGGAGGGGAGGAGAUGGGAGGACCAGGGAGUCACAAAUGUGUCGGGACUUUUAAGUUUUAUCCCUUUUCGCUGUGCAAUAGAAAAAUCCUGAUUAUAACUACUGAAAACACUGAGUAAGCUGAGUUUAUUUAAAAGUAUGUAGCGUGGAAGUCUCAAAACUCUAUAUUUUUUUGUUCCAUUUAAUAAUCCAAUAUUUAAAGAAAGAGUCUCUAUAUAUAUAUAUAUUCUGUGUCAGCUGUUAACUUCAGUACUAUAUUUAACCAUAUGUAUUCUAUAAAACCAGUGUUGAUGCCACUUGAUUCUAUGAUUGAUCUUGAGGAUUUUAUUAAAGUCACCAUUUCUACAUGCAUAAAUUAAUGUUAAGUGUUACAAUACUUUUUCUGUAUAGUAUUGUGUUGUUGAUGUAAUGUAAUCAAUUGACAUAUAUUUACUUCGGUAGUGCUAUGUAUGUACACUUCAAUGAGUAAAUCACAUUAUAUCAAAUCAAGUCAGUCUCUAUAAUCUAAGCAUGUAUCUCAAUGUUGGAACUGUCUAUCCACAUACAGUACAGUACCAGUCAAAGGUUUGGACACACCGAGUCAUUCCAGGGUUUUUCUUUGUUUUUACCAUUUUCUACAUUGUAGAAUAACAGUGAAGACACAAAACUAUUAAAUAACACAUAUGGAAUCAUGUAGUAACCAAAAAAGUGUUAAACAAAUCAAAAUAUGUUCAAAAGUGAGUUUGUGGAAUUUCUUUCCUUCUUCAUGUGUUUGAGCAAGGUAGGGUAGAUAUACAGACCAUAACCCUAUUUGGUAAAAGACCAAGUACAUAUUAUGGCAAGAACAGCUCAAAUAAGCAAAGAGAAAUGACAGUCCAUCGUUACUUUAAGACAUAAAGGGCAGUAGCAAAAUCCAUCAAGCGCUAUGAUGAAAUUGGCUAUCAAGAGGACCGCCACAGGAAAAGAAGACCCAGAAUUACUUCUGCUGCAGAGGAUACCUUCAUUAGAAUUAACUGCACCUCAGAUUGCAGUCCAAAUAAAUGCUUCACAGAGUGCAAGUAACAGACACAUCUCAACAUCAGCUGUUGAGAGGAGACUGAUUGAAUCAGGCCUUCAUGGUCAAAUUGCUGCAAAGAAACCACUACUAAAGGACACCAAUAAUAAGAAGAAUUGCUUAGGCCGAGAAACAUGAGCAAUGGACAUUAGACUAGUCCACAUUUGAGAUUUUUGGUUCCAACCACUGUGUAUUUACGAGACGCAGAGUAGGUGAACAGAUGAUCUCUGCAUGUGUGGUUCCCACCAUGAAGCAUGGAGGAGGUGUGAUGGCGUGGGAGUGCUUUACUGGUGACUGUCUGUGAUUUAUUUAGAAUUCAAGGCACAUUUAACCAGCAUGGCUACCACAGCAUUCUGCAGCGAUACGGCAUCCCAUCUGGUUUGCGCUUAGUGGGACUAUCAUUUGUUUUUCAACAGGACAAUGACCCAACACACCUCCAGGCUGUGUAAGGGCUAUUUGACCAAGGAUAGUGAUGGAGUGCUGCAUUAGAUAACUUGGCCUCCACAAUCACCCGACCUCAACCCAAUUGAAAUGGUUUGGGAUGAGUUGGACCGCAGAGUGAAGGAUAAGCAGCCAACAAGUGCUCAGCAUAUGUGGGAACUCCUUCAAGACUGUUGGAAAAGCAUUCCUUAUGAAGCUGGUUGAGACAAUUUCAAAAGUAUGCAAAGCUGUCAUCAAGGCAAAGGGUAGCUACUUUGAAGAAUCUAAAAUAUAUUUUGAUUUGUUUAACACUUUUUUAGGUUGCUACAUGAUUCCAUAUGUGUUAUUUCAUCGUUUUGAUGUCUUAUUAUUCAACAAUGUAGAACAUAGUAAAAAUAAACAAAAAACCCUUGUAUGAGUAGGUGUCCAAACUUUUGACUGUAACUCAACUAUAUUAGUUGACUAAAUGAGUCAAUAAGCUGACUCCUUAAAGAAAAAAAUGUAUGACACCAGACAACACAUUAGAUGAAUAAACAUGCUUUAUUUCAAUCAUCAGACAUUAUACCAUAGUCUGUAAAACAUUGGAAUUAAUUUAAAGCCAUGAUAGUGACUACAGUACACUAAGGGCUCUAUUCAAUCCACGUUGCAGAAGUUCAGCGUUACAGCGUGAUUGAAAUGUAAAGUUAAUGUUCCUGCGUAAGCGGAGGCUGCAUUCACAGUAAACACUGCAUAUGUCAGCUCAAUCUGGAAAUGACCUUUAAAUUGCUAUCACGCAAUCUGUAACACUUCAGCAAUACAGAUUGAACAGAGCCCUAAAUCCAACAAUUAAAAAGACAAUGAAAACCAUGUCAAUAUAAAAAACGUGCAGAGAACCUUUCAUGUAAAAACAUGAAAAUGUCUAAUAAGGAAAACAUGAAUUGAGCACAAAAUAAUCACAAGUGUAAAUCUAUUUGUUUGAAUUCAACAUUAUGAAGUGAAAAGAAUACUGGGCAAUUCUUCAAUGAGAAAAUCGAUUGAACAAAGAACUAAA